AUGAAGGUUUGCCCCAUCCACAUGCUUUCUGUAAGAAUCAUACAAGCUAAGAACAUCAAGUCAAGAGACCUGUUGACUGCAUCAGACUGCUACGUGCGCUUGUGGCUGCCAUCUGCUUCAAAUGGAAAGCUUCAGACCAAAACUAUCAAGAAUUCUGACAACCCUGUCUGGAACGAGACUUUCUACUUUAGGAUCCAGAGAGAAGUUGAGAACAUUUUAGAAUUGGCAGUGUGUGAUGAAGAUCCACUCUCCAAAGAUGACAUGCAGUUCACAGUUCUUUUUAAUGUUGCUAGCGUCAGACCUGGGGAGACGCUCCGUGAGACAUUUGCUUUGAAAUCAGAGAAAGAGAUGUGCACUAAGAAAUGGGAAAGUUUGGAAGUGGAAUUCUGGCUGGAAAGAAUUCCCGGCCCUCCAGAGUACCUCAUUACCAAUGAUGUCCUAGUGUCCCGUGAGGUUUGCUGCUUGGAAGUGCAAGUGAACAUUAAUGAAAGCAGGAAAUAUUUGCAAGAGGGUAAAAAUCUUGUGCUUAUGGUGUCUGCAUCUCAUGAGGGAACACAGAAAACUACAGAGGACACAGAUACUUUCUACUUCCAUUGUGUGAAGGCUUGGGAGCCGGUUCUGAAAGUCAGGCUGCAGAAAGUUUCUGAUAAGGAAGAUGACAAUAGCAAUUUAAGUGACACCUUAACAGUACCACUGAAAUUUCUCCCUGUUGGACAUAAAGUGAAAGUAACCCUCCCUGUAAGACAUAAUGUGCCGCUGCAGUUGUACCUCCAAUUAAAUGAUUGCACAGAAAAGCUAGAUGUGCGCUUAGGGUAUGAUCUGUGCCAAGAAGAGCAGGAAUUCUUGCAAAAAAGGAAGAGAGUGGUUGCCAAUGCCUUGAAAAAGGUUCUUCAUCUGGAAAGAGAUCUACAUGGACAGGAGGUUCCGGUAAUAGCUGUUAUGGCAACAGGUGGAGGCCUCAGAGCAAUGUCAGCUAUGUUCGGACACCUCUUAGCUCUUCAGAAGCUAAAUCUGUUGGACUGUGUUACCUAUCUCACCGGAGCUUCUGGCUCGACAUGGACCCUAGCAGACCUGUAUGAGCAUGCCGACUGGUCACAGAAAUCUCUGGAGGGGCCACUUAAGACAGUAAAAGAGCAAGUGACAAAAUGCAAGCUCAACCUUAUGUCUAUAGAGCUUCUGAAGUAUUAUCACAAGGAACUCACUGAAAGGGCAAAAGCAGGACAUGUGUCAUCUUUUACAACUCUGUGGUCUCUUGUCCAGGAAAUGUUCUUACACGAACGGCCAAGAAAGUACAAACUCACAGACCAGCGCAAGGCAUUGGAGCAUGGACAAAAUCCAUUGCCUUUCUAUGCAGUCCUCAACGUGAAAGAGGAAAAGUUCAGUACUUUCAAAUUUAGAGAGUGGGCCGAGUUCUCUCCUUACGAGGUGGCCAUACCAAAAUAUGGAGCCUCCAUUCGUUCAGAAUAUUUUGACAGUGAGUUCUUCAUGGGAAGGCGAGUGAAGAAGCUGCCAGAAUCUCGGAUCUGCUAUUUGGAAGGUCUUUGGACAAACAUCUUUACUAGGAAUUUGCUGGAUGGCUUGUACUGGUCCUCAAAUUCAAAUGAAUUCUGGGAACGAUGGGCCAAAGAUAUGGUAGAUAUAGAAAAACGUUCCCCUGAGGAUGAUGUCAGUACCAUCGAGCCUCCGUCUUGUUUGUCAGGGAAGUUGUAUGAAAUUUUUCAGGACAUUAUGACCAAGCGUCCACUACUGGGAAAGUCUCAUAACUUCCUGAGAGGCUUAGAAUUUCAUAAGGAUUAUAUACAUCAGAAAAAAUUUGUUGAAUGGAAAGACACUGUGCUGGACGCUUUCCCUAACAAUCUGACACCACUGCAGAAAUACCUUUGCCUCAUAGAUGUUGGCUAUUUCAUCAACACCAGUAGUGCAGCACUUUUCAAGCCAGAGAGGAAUGUAGAUGUCAUUAUCUCACUUGAUUAUGGUUUGGGGGAUGUAUUCAAGCAAUUACAGAUGACAUACAAAUAUUGCAAGAUACAAAAAAUCCCAUUCCCCAAAGUGGAGCUAAGUAAAGAAGAAGAGAAGAACCCAAAGGAAUGUUACGUGUUUUCAGAUGCGGAGGACCUCAGAGCACCCAUAGUAAUCCAUUUCCCCCUGGUAAAUGACACCUUUAAGGAAUUCAAGGAGCCUGGGGUAAAGCGCUGUCUCUCAGAGAUGGAAGAAGGGGAAGUCAAUCUGGAGAACAACUGCUCACCCUAUUACCUCAUUAGGCUGAUCUACUCUUCCGAAAAUUUUGACAAACUCGUGAACCUGAGCAAAUACAACAUCCUCAAUAACAAAGACCUGCUCCUCCAGGCAAUACGGAGUGCAUUAGAGCGGAGGAGAAGCAUCAGGACUGGGAAUUUCCCCAGCCACUCUGGAGCUGGAUACCCUUAG